AUGUCCACCCUCAAACGCAAAGCCGGCACCACAAACGGCUCUUCCUCCGGCCCCGACGCAAAGAAACCCAAGUCAGACGGAAGCAUCAUGUCCUUCUUCGGCGGAGGAUCGAGCGGGUCCAGCAGCACCUUUGACAAGAAGAAGUGGGCCGCGAAGCUGACGGCCGAGCAGAAGGAGCUGCUCAAGCUCGAGAUUGACACGCUUCAUGAGAGCUGGUUUGCCGUUCUCAAGGAUGAGAUCCUGAGCAAGGAGUUCUUGGAGCUCAAGAGGUUCUUGGCGAGGGAGGAGAAGGCUGGGAAGAAGAUCUUUCCGCCUCCUGAGGAUGUCUACUCUUGGUCUCGGUACACCCCCUUCAACUCCGUCAAGGUAGUCAUCCUCGGCCAAGACCCCUACCACAACCACAACCAAGCCCAUGGCCUCGCCUUCUCCGUGCGACCUCCCAUGCCCGCACCCCCAUCCCUCAAGAACAUGUACAUAGCCCUCAAGAACGACUACCCCAACUUCAAGGAACCCCCUCGCAAGGGCGGCCUCCUAAAGCCAUGGGCAGACCGCGGCGUGCUCCUCCUCAACACGUGCCUGACGGUGCGUGCCCAUGAGGCCAACAGUCACUCGAACCGCGGCUGGGAGCGGUUCACGCAGCGCGUCAUCGACGUCGUGGCCCAGAAGAAGACGCGCGGCGUCGUCUUCAUGGCGUGGGGCACGCCCGCGGGCAAGAGGGUCAUGAAGGUGGACGGAUCGAGGCAUCUCGUGCUCAAGGCGGUGCAUCCGAGUCCGUUGAGCGCGGCUAGGGGGUUUUUCACGUGCGGGCAUUUCAAGAGGGCGAAUGAGUGGUUGAAGACGAAGCAUGGAGCUGGGAGUGAGAUUGAUUGGAGCUUGGGGCCGAGGGAGGAGAAGGUUAUUGUGGAGGUUGAGGUGAAGAAGGUGGAGAAUAAGGAGGGGGAUAUUGUUGCUGCCGAGACGGCGGUGACCGUUACGAAGGUGGAUGGGGAGAAGACGGAGAAGAGCAAGGAAGAUGAGGAAGAAGAAAAGGAGGAGGAAGAAAAUGAGCAAAAGACAGACGAAGAAGAGGAAGAGAAGAAGGAUGACGGCAAAGAUGAGUAA